UGCCCCUACGGCUCCGUGCUUGAGGCCGCGGACGGCCUGCCGCUGGUGCUGGCGGUGGGCUCGGACGCCCAGUUCCGACAGCUGUGCGAGCUCCUCGGGUGCCCGGAGCUGGCGUCCGACCAGCGCUUCGCGAAGAACAAGGACCGCGUGGUUCACCGCGCGCAGCUGCAGCCGCUGCUCCGGGCGCGGGUCGCCGCCGCGGGGCCGCGAGAGGCGUUGCUGCGGGAGUGCUCGCGGCGCAAGAUCCCGGCCGGCGCGGUCAACGACAUGGCCGCGGUCUUCGCGCAGCCGGGGGCGCAGGCGCUGGUGGUGCGCGGCGGGGAGGGCCAGUUCCUCGGCACGAGCGAGGUGGCCUGGACGGGCGCGGGCGCGGCGCCCCCGGGGAGCGCCGCAAGACCGCCCCCGCUCUACGGCCAGCACACCUCCGAGGUGCUGCGGGAGCUGCUGGGGCUCGGCGACGCCCGGAUCUCCGCGCUCGCGGCGGAGGGCGUCAUCCACCUGUGCCCGUGAGGGGUCCCGUCCACCGAGGGGGGGACUCACACAGCGCCGCCGCCUGGCGGGUGGGUCUUCGGGGAACUCGGCAGGCGGCGGACAUGGACACAGAUAUGGACAUGCAC